AUGACGACCUGCCCGAGUUUCCUUGACGCAUUCAGGGGGUACCACCAGAUCUUUAUGGAGGAAGCUGAUGAGGAGAAGACAGCUUUCACCACUCCAGAAGGGGUCUACUGUUACAAGGUCAUGGCCUUCGGGUUGAAGAACUCGGGUGCCACCUACACCCGGAUGGUAGCCAAGGUGUUCAAACAAGUCCUCGGUCGCAACCUACAAGCUUACGUGGACGACAUGAUAGUGAAGAGCACCGAAGCCAACCUGCACACGGACGACCUAGUUGAGGUAUUUUCAAUUAUGCAACGUUUCAAUCUGCGUCUUAACCCCAAGAAGUACACCUUCGGGGUCCACGAGGGGAAGUUCUUGGGGUACAUGGUUUCCAAGAAGGGCAUAGAGCCCAACCCGGACAAGGUAAAGGCUAUCCUGGACAUGGAGCCCCCACGGUGUCUCCGGGAAGUCCAGCGCCUCAAUGGGCGACUAGCGGCCCUCGGUCGUUUCCUCUCGAGGUCGGCCGAGAGAUCUCUGCCAUUCUUUGGAGUACUCAAGAAGACCAAGGGGUUCGAGUGGUCUCCGGAGUGCCAAAAGGCUUUCGAGGAUCUCAAGACAUAUCUAAUGUCGCUCCCCCCGCUAGCCAAACCCGUCAAGGGGGAGGUCUUGUACUUGUACCUCGGCAUCUCCCAGGCCGCAGUCAGCUCUGUGCUGGUCCGGGACGAUGACGGGGUCCAACGGCCCGUGUACUACACGAGCCGAGCUCUACGGGGAGCGGAGAUCAGGUACACGCCCGUCGAGAAAGCCAUAUUUGCGGUAGACAUCACCACAAAGAAGCUCGGCCAUUAUUUUCAGGCCCACCCCGUUCACGUCCUUACCAACCAACCCCUAGAUGCGGUGUUGAGGGCCUCGGGGUCGGCCAGCAGGUUGGUCAAGUGGGCCAUGCGGCUUAGCCAGUACGACAUACAAUUUCGGACCCGCCCAGCCAUCAAGGGGCAGGCACUAGCCGACUUCAUAGUCGAGUGCACUGCCCGGGAAGCCACCGAGCAGGCCCGAGAUGAAGACGAGGAGUGGUGGACUCUGUCCACAGACGUAGCUUCGGGACCAAAAGGCUGCGGAGGGGGGGUCGUCCUCAUCACACCCGAGGGGUUCAGAGCCUACUACGCCCUCCGUUUUGCCUUCAAGCUGUCCAACAACGAAGCCGAGUACGAGGCGCUCCUCGGAGGGCUCCGACUAGCACUAAACAUGAGGGUCGAGAAGCUCAAGAUCCGAUGUGACUCCAGGCUAGUAGUGGGCCAAGUCACAGGAGAGUUCGAGGCAAGUGACGAGAUGAUGAGGAGGUACCGGGAUGUGGUGCUCCAGCUCCUGGGCCAGCUAAUAAACUAUGAAGUCCUACAAGUACCCCGAGUCCAAAACACGGACGCCGACAUGUUGUCCAAGCUCAGCCAGGGGGCCCCGGAGCACAUCUCAAAAAUUGCCCGAGUCGAAGACUUCGAGAGGUCGAGUCUGGAGUUCUACCCGGUCCUACCGGUACAGAGCCAACCCCCCUGUUGGUUGGACCACCUCAAGGAGUACAAACAGACAGGUAUGCUACCUCAUGAUGAGGUUGAUGCCAAGCUAGUGAAGUGGCAUGCCCCCACAUAUGUCAUCAUGGGGGACACACUCUAUAAGAGGUCGUACUACGGCGCCCUACUCCGCUGUUUGUACCCGGACGAAGCCAGGUCGGUCAUGGAGGAAAUCCACGAAGGAACCUGCUCCGCCCACCAGGGCGCCUUCACCAUGGCCCGUCGAGCCAUCUUGCAGGGGUACUUUUGGCCGAGAAUGGCCAAAGAGUGUGCCGACUACGUAAGGAGUUGCGAGACAUGCCAGCACUUUCAGGUCGGCCCCGGCCGGCCCGCCACGAACUACACCCCGAUCAGCUCGGUCAUCCCCUUCUCCAGGUGGGGGGUCGACAUAGUAGGGGCCCUUCCUAUGGGGUCGGGCAAAAGAAAGUACCUUAUAGUGGCUGUCGAUUACUUUACCAAAUGGGUAGAGGCGAAGCCGCUGGCAAGCAUCACAAGUGCCCGGUGCAAACAGUUUGUCUACCAAGACAUUCUAUGUCGAUUUGGGGUCCCGAUACAACUCAUCACUGACAACGGGCGCCAAUUCGAAGGGCAAGAGUUCGAGGCAUUCUGCGCCGAGUGGCGCAUCAACCAUAGCCGAGUCGCCGUUUGCUAUCCACAAGCCAACGGGCAAGUGGAGAACGCCAACCGCACCAUAGUAAACGGUUUGAAGAAGAAACUUGAAUCCGCAGGAGGAGCAUGGGUGGAGGAGCUCGACGCCAUCCUAUGGGCCUACCGCACCACCCCUAGAAGGGCCACCGGGGAGACACCGUUUUCCUUAGCCUACGGUUUUGAAGCCCGAGCCCCCGCAGAGGCGGUCAUACCUUCCCGGCGAGAAGAACAAUAUGACCCCGACACCAAUGAGGAACACCAUAGCGCCGACCUCCACAUGGUAGAUGAUAGAAGAGAGGCAGCUUCUAUCUGA